AUGACUACCUAUCAAAUCAACCCAAAUGGCCUUUUACCUGAUGCCUAUAUUCUCGGGGGCAUUCCUGAGCUCGGCGAGGACACUGACGAUACCAAGCUCCAGGUCCAGGUCCUUCAGAAUAAUAAGACCUUUUGCGCUUUUCUGUUGAACUUCAAAGGAGAUCAACCUUCAUCUGGAAUUCCCCAUCAGUUACUUGUACGAAUCCAAAAGUACGAAAAGAAUGAACCUCCCAUGGUCACAGCUGCGCUCACGAAGCUUGCCCGAACUGUCCUUCCUUCGCUGGUUCCGAAGGUGUGGGGUUGCGGAUACAGCAGGAUGAAAGACGUGUGGGAUAGAAUGGACGACGAGAAUCGAGGAGAGAUCAUCGGAGACCUAUUCGCGGCAGUGUCAAAGUUGCGUAGCCUCUCAUUGCAGAAGCUGACCCUGGAGCAAUGGCAAUGUUUCCGUAACACCCCAUUUGAGACAAAGAAAACCGAGCUCCCCAUUCUCGUCGGUGGUCCGCCUUACGGAUAUCACACCGACUUUGCUUCCCUCUUGCGCCGUAACCUCUGCCCUAGGAACGCCGAUUGCGCGGUAAACGGAAAGACCGAUGGGGCUUUGAUCGUGAGCGUGCAUGCUCCCGAAGCGGAGCACUUUGGAUUCGCUGAAACAGACCUGGAUCUGCUGACUCAAAGCUCAGUCUUGUGCCACAAUGACUUGGAGCCCCAUAAUCUACUUGUUGAGAAAGUUUCUACCGAGCGCGGUGAGGAGUAUAAGCUUGUAGCCAUACUCAACUGGGAUCAAGCAGGCUUCGUUCCCUUCGCCUUCGAGGUCGCCCGGAAAGACUUGCAUCUGGGCUUGCGGAACUUCAACUGGAGUUGGUACGAUAUGUAUCGGCAACUUGCUGGUCACCAACUUUUCGACACUCCAGGUCGUCCCAUUUGGUCAAAGCUCAUCCGGUGUCUAAUGGCCAUUCAUUCAUCCUGUCAAUUUAAGGCCGCUGAGGAAUUUACUUCGGACGGCACAGCACAGAUGCUGUGGCUGGAAAAGGAAGGUCUUCCGUUUUCUACUCUCGUUGAAGAAGGAUGGGUGAAGAUGCAUUCUUUUGUCACAUUCACAUCCGAGGAUAAUUCUGGAAGUUGGGAUGCUUGA